ACUCACCUACCUAAAAGAAAAAAAUCUCGACAUUAUCGACUCUCGAUACCCACCGGCGAGUAUCUCUCUCUCUCAAACGAUAUCGACUCCGGUAGCUUCUCCCACCGGCGAGGAUCGACGACUCCGGCAGCUUCUCCCACCGGCGACGACUCUGAGAGGAGACACACGGUUUGAAGGUCGUGAGCUUUUGAGGUUCACCCGAGAACAACUGCUUCAGCUUAGAGAGGCGAUCCAAGUCUCUUAUGAAAUCCUGAAGCUUAGUCAGGAGAUUGCAUCUGAUCUUUUUGGCGAAGAGCAGAGCUGGAGCCAUUGAGAAAGUAAGCUAUGGAAACAGAAUUUCCUAAACGCCUGUUUAGAGAUGGAUUUGAGCCACAAGUGAAGAAGAUUAACAAUUCCUGUCGAAUUUCUAUCUUGGGCAAAGUCAAACAAGCAUUACCUAAAGAGUAUGAGAAGGUGAAGAAUGAUCCAGUCUUUUCACAUGUCUUUGCACUCUACGAGAAUGGUUUAGGGUAUUCAGGACGUUUGAUACACAGCAUGAUGUCUAGGCAAUUGGUUACAAAGAAAAAAAGAGAGAUAUGGUUUGUGUUUGGAGGGAAGCCACUCAGAUUUUCAAUGCAAGAGUUUCAUGCUGUGACUGGGCUCAAAUGCACUGCCGAUUCUAGUUGUGAUUUAGAGAAUUGGAAAGAUGAUGGUGGGUUUUGGAGCAAAUUGAUGAAGAGAAAAGGUCCGACUAUUAGCAUUAAGAGCUUGGUUGAUGUUCACUUACCUGUAAUUCACAAAUGGAAUGAGGUAGAUAGGAUCCGAUUGGUGUAUCUUCUUGUGAUAGCUGGGUUGGUUAUGGCUAAGGAUGAGAAAAAGUAUAUUCCACUCAAAUACAUCCAGAUGGUAAUGGAUCUUGAUAAGGUGAGGACUUAUCCUUGGGGUCUUAAAGCUUUUAAAAGUCUUGCUAAGUCUAUCAUAGAAAAAAGAGAAGAUUUGAAGAAGAUCAAUAGCUAUGCAUUAGAUGGUUUCUCAUAUGCAUUUCAAAUAUGGGUGAUGGAGGCAAUUCCAGACAUUGGAAAGUUGUUGGGAGAAAAGAUUAUCACUGAGUUUAGAGAAGCUCCUCGAUGUUCUAACUGGAAAGGCGCAGCCAAAGUAUCAUAUGAUGAUAUCAUCCAACUAGAAAGUACAUUUGGACCGAAGGAUAUUGUUUAUCCAUACAUAUCUAUUACUGGCGAUUUCGACGUUGUUGACUCCAUUGAGUUUUUAUGGCGUGACGAAACAAGCGAUGGUGAAGUCGAUAAUUUGAAAGAUAAGAUCAGUUCUGGAAAUGAUUUUGGAGACCAUAUUUGGGGAACUGUACAAGUUGAUGAUGUGGAGGGUGAACAUAUUCAAUUAAAAGAUGAUGUUGGCAGUGAGGUGUGUGAAGAAAAUCAAGGGUCUAGUGCAACAAAGAGUGGUGAGAGUAUGCAAGCUGCUAAUGAUGAAGAAUCAGGUUGCAAGAGGAAGAGACAACCUGAUCAUGGUGCAGAGAGGAGGAAAAAGAAACUGCUCUAUGAGCGAGCAGCAACAACACAUCGAGCUGCAACAGAUGAACAAAUGAAGUCCUUUAUUAGUGUGUUUGAGACUUGUUUCAAGAGUUUUGAGAAGAAGGUUGACAGCCGAUUGGAAAAAAUAGAAAAGGAUGUCUCACUCUUGAAGGAUACUUUAACUUCAGCUGGAAUUACAAUAAGCACUCAAGCCAUGGUUGAUGAACCAUCCAUUCCAGCAGAAAAGAAGAGUAAAUCUGUGGUACGUAAGACUUAAAUCUCUAUGUUAUGUAUGUUUGUGUUUUUUUUAAGACUCUAAAAGAAUAUGUAAUCGGAUAUGUAUGUUUGUGGGUGUAAU